AUGGGAAAUGGUAUUUGCCACAUUGGAGAAGUGAAUGGGUAAGAAUUAAAACGCUCCCACGAUAAAAUAUAAGUUAAUCAUCUAAUAGAUCUUCCUAAUUCAUUCGCUUAAAGUCCUUCUAAACCAACAAUAGAAACACAAAACCCAACAAUUAGUUUAAAUUAAGAUGAUUGCUAUGAUAUCCUUCUAACAAGUUCUUUAGAUAUGGUUCAUUUAGAUUAAGAUGCAACAUCAUUAAAAAAGUAUGACUACAAAGGCAAAACUAAGAUAAGUACAUUACCGAUAUUGCCUGAAUUAGCAAAAGAUUCAUUGAAUUCAGGCAAUCUAACUGAGCUAUAGCUUCCUCAUAGCUCAACAAUUGAACCGAAGCCCAUUUUAAAAAUAUGUGAGUAAUUAAAGAGUAAUUAAAGCAAAAAGAAAGUAAGAUUUAAUGAUGAUGAUUGAAAUUUUGAAUUAAAUAUGUUUAUUACAGUUGAUUUACUAUAUCUUAAA